GUUCAGUGAUCGUCACGCCACGCUUCAAACACGAUGUCCAGCUUUCAAACGGUCUUCGUCAUCGCAAUCGCUCUAUCGCUCGCCCUCAGAUGGCAUGGGGCCAGCGGGCUGUCCGACGAGGUCGAAAAAUACUGCAAAUAUCUGGACUGCCAGAAGGGCAAGAUCAAACCGGGUGAAUCGUUUGCCGCCACCAACUUUGCCUUCGGAUAUUGCACUUGUGGCGAGCAAAAACAACCGGGUGGGGAUGGCCGAAAGUCCGCCCGCUACGUGCCGUGCAAUUUUGGGGAGACUUUUAGCCUGGAGGCGCAAAAGUGCGUCCGUGGUGUUGCUACGGCCUAAGGUUGAGUUUGAGACCAAACCAAAUCAAUGAAAUAUUAUUUAUUAGGAUACUUCAAAUGAAGCUUUCAAUGAUAAUUUGAGUGAAUAAAAUCCUCGAUAAG